AUGUGUGGAUCUGUGGGUGGAUCCACGGAUGAGCCGGAGUCGGAGCCGCGGCUCCGCUCUUCCAGCGGCUCUGAUCCAUGCGGAUCUGGAUCAAGCCCCCGGAAGUCACCUGAUCCGUGGGUUCGGAUCCGGAUCAUCCGUGGAUCGAGCCGCAAACAGCCUUACGACGAGUUGUACGUCACCGCGGAUGGGAACUUCAGGCACCACACUCGGAACAAGGCGACGGACCACGAGGACUACAGCCUCUAUGGAGACGCGGGAUUCUUCGCUUCAGAACAGGGGUUGGAGGCGCAUCUGAAGAAAGUGGGCAAGACGGACAAGGAACCGUCGGAUUGUCACACCUUCAAGGCGAGCGGAUACAAGGGUCACUCAGGGCCAGUCACCGGGCUUGUCGCCGUCGUGUGUCGUCACGGCUUGGUAGUGGGCGGGAGCGUCGUCAAUCUGGAAAAGGGCGAAAGGUUCGCGAUGGUGGACUACUCCAUCAUGUCGGCGGGGGGUCAGUUCAAGGACCUGAGGAAGUGGAAGCUGUGGUACGACGUCGGCUGCCAGUUCAGCAUCAAGCUCGACGCACGCAUCGAAGCCAUGAAGAUGUAUGCAUCCCAGAUAACCCCAAUCAAGUGGCUGUCGGAGCGCAUCAGGCCGACGGUCAUCGAGGUCGCCAUUGGAGACUUCCACAUACGCGCGCACAAGACGGAGUGCCAUGUUUGUUACAACGGAAACCUGCGUGUGGGGGGCGCGCGCAUGGCCGGAGAGAUGUGCGAGCACGUUUGGGCGAGGAUCAACAUUGUUGCGAAUCGUACGAAGGAGAUGGGGCGGGCGAACCGGGCCGACACAACGCAUCGCGCUCUGGAUCACUUGAACAUGGACAAGAUCGUCCGCAUGCCUGAAGCCCUGCGGGGCUAUUACCUCGUCGGGGCAAAGCGGUACGAAGAGGACAGGAAAUACUUGGAGGGUAUGGAGGAGAGUCUAGAAACGUCCCUCCGAGGUCUAGUCGGCACCUGGAGCACCGAACUCCGGACGUGGUACGAGAACAUCGCCGACGUCAACGUGAAGGACAAAAGGAACGUCGCCACAAACCCCUUUGUACUGGACGCCACGUUAGAUGUUGGCUUCGAGGGCAUGACGGCACGUCUACGGGAAGGACAGGACCAGGAGCUGAAGGGCGUUGGGACGACAGAGGCAGGAGGGAUCACCGAGGCGAUCGAUGCGAUGAUCCGCCUCGAGAAUGAGAAGCGAGACCUCCUCGCCGCGCUGCAGGUGUUCGAUCAUCAGAGCCCCACCCAUUGGAAGCAACACAAGCAAGAUUUCGAAAACUUCCUCGUACAGUCUACAGAAGCAUGGGAGAGCUACAACCGUCACAUCACGCCCAUCUUCCAGGUCGUCGCUGAGCAGUUACGCGCUGCGAACGCGAGCCCCGAGAGUCAAUACCCUUGGGCGGACGACCCCUUGGAAGCGGAGCCGGAGAUCGAUCCCAAGAGCGUCGGGAGUCUCACCGUGCAGCGUUGGAUACCAGAGAUCCAGCAAAUGAUUGGGCACAAGAACCGUCAGAUGAACACGAACGCAAAGCAAACUACCGAAACCCGUCUAUCUCAAGAGCGCCGGCUGUUCAAUCGCUACCAGCAGCUGCUCGUCAGGCUUGGCAUGAAGAUCGACCAGCAGCAGCAGCGCGACCUCAAGCUCGACGACCGCCUCGUUACGACACUCGGGCAACGACGGGCGGGCGACACGCACAAGGCCGGGGACUGGCUGUGGGGCGACGCGAAGUGGAUCUUCGAUAUGAAGGACAAAGAACAAAGGACCUUCGUGCUGGCUAGUGAGCACCACGUUAUCCUUUUGAGUGGGAUCAUGGAGAGAUGGAAAGAGGAGAUGUUUUUGCGCUCCGAGGAGAUGUUCCGGAUGCGCGAGAAGGAGGAGGGGAGGAAGGGGGGUGCGGUGUUCUACAACCGGUGCAAAUAUGAUCGCAAGCGCCUGCUAGACCGCACGAAGAAGACGUUUGAAGGCAUCCCCUUCAUGCAGACGAUGGGCUUGGGCGCAGAAGCGAAGCAUCCUGCGCCUGUUACCAAACCCUUGAAGGGUAAGAAGGGGGGAAGGGCAAGCAACGGUGCGAAGGCACUUGAAAACACCAAGGAGAGCCGCGAUGGCCACCGCCGUGAGACGAGACCUGCGGGCUCAGAGCGUCUGCGUGCAGAGGUAAACGCCCAUGCUUUCGCUCUGCCCGAAGGCCGACGCGGCGUCCUCACCUACUCCGCCAUCUUCCAUCCGCACUUCCAGGACGUGGCCAAAAGAAUGACUUUCCAAAUUAAACAACCUAAGGAUGGAGAGAGCACCGAUGGGCCGCUGGAACGCGACGCGACGCGUGGACCGGUCCCCAUUUCGCCUCACAACAACGACCGGAGCAGCAUUCGCGAGAUGUUUGAAGCUUAUGGGAACGAGAUGGUUCACGGAGAAGUCCAUGUGGCAUCCGACUGGACUUCAGACGCAUGCCCCAAGGGCACCAGGGGUCUCUGUGUCGGGAAAGGGCGAACAAACGGCGAAGCGAGUGAAGAAUUCUGGGCGAGCUUUACACGAAGCUACGCACUGGACGUUCAGAGGAAGGGUCAAAAGUCAAAGGAAGCUGCCCUCCAUCAAGCUCAGAAGCGACUGCAAAAUUGGGUCAAGUACGGAACUCCGUUUUCGAAACGGCGCUGCGAUGACGACGAGGGCGACGUCGAAGACGGGCCCGACGUCGAAGCGCGAGCGUUGAAACGACGCCGCGAACAUCACGAGCGCAGUCAAGGCGGCUCGGAAUCCCAUGUCGAGACGGACGGAGAGGAGAAGAUGGAGUGCGAUGACUAG